GAUUUCUUAUGAAUAUUGGUGUUCCACUUGCUAACAUUGUUGGCGUUGGGUUUUCAGCAACUGCAUGCAAUGCCUCUGGUAUUCCAAUUUAUCAAUUGCAUAUUCCUGCCAUUGAACUUUUUAAUGGUGCCUUUGGAGGUGUCACUGCUGGGGCAGUUAAUGAGUUUUAUUUGGAUUUAUGGAACUACAAAAUAUAG